CAGGCUAAUAGCUCGCAAUCAAAACUGGGCUGUCCAAGCUGAAACAACCGAAAAAAGUACACAAAUUUAUCCAAAGAAAUUUCAUUGCAAUGAAAACUUCAGUGGCCAUUCUGGUUGUCUUGGCAUUCGCCGGCCUGGCGCUUGCUGCUCCCGAGAAGCAAUACACCAACAAAUUCGAUAAUGUCAAUGUGGAUGAUGUCCUGGGCAAUGGUCGCAUUCUGAAUAACUAUCUGAAAUGCCUGAUGGAGAAGGGACCAUGCACGCCAGAGGGUCGGGAGUUGAAGCGCCUCUUGCCCGAUGCGUUGGAAUCGGAGUGCUCCAAGUGUACUGAAGUUCAGCGUCGCAACUCCAAUAAGGUCAUCAACUUCCUGCGCUCCAAUAAGCCCGGAGAGUGGAAGUUGCUUCUGGAUAAAUAUGACUCCAAGGGCAUUUACAGGUCCAAGUACGAGUCGCAGGCCAAGAAGGGCCAUUAAGUUAACAACAAAAAUCGAAUAAUUGUCAUUCUUCUCACAUUUCACUUAACUUAAACAACAACAACAACAUCAGCACAAAAACCAACAAACACAAAAAUAAAU